GGAGGAAAGCCGAAACAAGGCGUGUAUAGCCCGGUGUAAAGACACGGCUCGCGCUCAGGUUUCUCCGCCUCCAGGUAUCAUCUUCUUCUUCAUCAUCUUCAUCAUCCUCGUCAUCAGUCCCGCAGCGCUUUUUUUCCCUCAUUAUCAUUUAUCAGCUGUGUGUUCCGUCCUGACUGCAGCUCUUUCACACACACACACACACACACACACACCCGAGGUUGUUUCAUGAGCGCUGGAGGACACACACCGCUGCGGAAACGUGUGAGCGACCUGCUGAGAGAACCCUGAAGAUCCUGACCAUCUCACCUGAGCUCCCGGCGCAAGAGCGUCACAAAGUGUGUGUGUGUGUGUAGAUGACAUGGCGUCCUCAGUACCGCAGCUCAAAGUUCCGUCAUGUGUUCGGUAAAGCCGCCUCUAAGGAGAACUGCUACGAUGGAGUGCCGAUCACGCGCAGUGUCCAUGACAACCAGCUGUGUGCCGUUAACCCGCGCUUCAUCGCCGUCAUCACCGAGUGUGCAGGGGGCGGAGCCUUCCUCGUCCUCUCCAUCAAUCAUACAGGGAAGGUGGACCCCCAUCAUCCAAGGAUCUCUGGUCACAGAGGGAACGUUCUAGAUGUCAAGUGGAAUCCAUUCAAUGAUUUCUGCAUAGCUUCCUGUUCAGAGGAUGCAACGGUGAAAGUGUGGGAGAUUCCUAAACAUGGUGUGAUGAAAAACAUCACAGUUGCAUGGAAGGAGCUUCAGGGUCACUCUCGCCGAGUCGGACUCAUCGAGUGGCAUCCAACUGCAAGUAACGUCCUGUUCAGUACCGGAUACGACUACCAGGUGAUGGUGUGGAACCUGAACACACCUGAGCAGGUUAUUAAGAACCCGGUGCGUUCCAUCAGUGUUCACACAGAUGUGGUUCUCUCCAUGUCCUUUAACACAGACGGCAGUCUCAUGGCCACGUCCUGUAAAGACAAGAAGAUCCGCAUCAUCGACCCACGCACUGGAACACUGCUGCAGGAGACAAACACCAAGACACACAGAGCCAGUAAAGUCAUGUUUCUGGGGAACCUGAAGAUGCUGCUCUCAACUGGGAACUCACGCUGGAACCACCGGCAGAUCGCACUGUGGGAUCAGGAGGACCUUUCACAGUCGUCAUUUCUGGAGGAUUUAGACGGUUCCUCGGGGGUGUUGUUCCCUUUUUACGACCCUGACACACACAUGCUUUACAUAGCUGGCAAAGGAGAUGGAAAUAUCCGAUAUUAUGAAAUCAGCUCUGAGAAACCAUAUGUGCACUACCUGACUGAAUAUCGCUCUCUCCUCCCCCAGAAAGGAAUGGGUGUGAUGCCGAAGCGAGGGCUGGACGUUUGCUCCUGUGAAGUUUUCAGGUUUUACAGACUGGUGACCACAAAGAGCCUCAUUGAGCCACUGUCCAUGAUCGUCCCACGCAGGAGUGAGUCCUAUCAGGAGGAUAUUUACCCGAUGACCGCCGGGAUUGAACCGGCCAUGACAGCAGAGGAGUGGCUGAGCGGUAUGGACAAAGGUCCAGUGCUGGUGUCUCUGAAGCCGGGCUUGGUCACUCAGGUGGAGUUGUGUGAGGAUGAGGAACCGGUCAAAGUUCCCAGUGUUCAGUUAGACACUCGACGCACUCAGACUCGCCCUGGACUUCAGCAGCUGACCUUCACUGAGCACCAGAGGAACAUGGAGGAGGAAAGGAGUGAAAUGAAGAAAGGGGAGAAGAAGGAGCUGAACUUCUCUGAGACCAUCGCUAACGGCCAGAGAGAUAGCACACUCUGUUCACCACCAAAAACUGAAAAUGAGCUCCUGCAGGUUUACUAUAAGCAGCAGGAGGAGAUCCGUCGGCUCCGUGAGCUUCUCGGUCAGAGAGAUGUUCGGAUAAAGCAGCUUGAGCUUGAGAUAAAAAACGUCAGGAACUCAUGCUGAGGGGACACGCACACAGACACACACACACAGACACACACACACACAGACACACACACACACACAGGACCUCAAGCUGCCUAAACCUGCUUUAAUCAUGAAACACUGCGUCACUUUUGUACGGCUGUGUGUUUAAUCAUUAUUUAGUUUAGGUUUUUAUUUUUUACGCCUCACAGCUAUGCAAUGUGAUUUUUAAUCUUUUUUAUUAUUAUUUUUAUUUUUUGGGGAAAAAAGAGAUUAUGUGCCUGUCUUGGAUAAUGCAUUCAGUUCAUUUGUGUGUGUGUGUGUGAGUUAAUUAAUCCCCAGGUGGUGAUGAUGAUGAUGAUGAUUGUGUAACACUCUGAAUGUGAGUGAAACUGCUGUAUGAUAAAGUUACGGGUCUCUCACAGUGACACACUUUAAUUCUCUCUUAUUUAUUUUUCUCUAAUUUUCCUCUUUAUGUUUUAAUUUUUUUUUAAAAAGAGAAUGACCAAAAAACCCCAAGAGAAGUGAUUGUGUUUGGAUUUGUAGCUGAAGAUUUGAAUAAUGUUGUUAAAGAGCAGCAGCAGCGGCGGGGUUUAGUCUUCACUGCCCUGAGCCACGCCUUACCUCUGGGUUGCUUUAAUUCUACACAUUUUAGAAAAAAAGAAUAUAUUUAAAAUAGUCAUGAUUAAGACUCGUGUCCAGCACUGAUCCUGCAAUAAUGUUCAUAUUAUUAAUAUAAUGAUUAGUUUUUAGUCACACACACACACACACACACACAUACUCUGAGAGUUAAAUCACACUGGAGUUUUAAAAUAAAACACAAUUUUAACCUUUAAUUUGUUUCUAAAACAUUGAUUUUUUAUUUUAUAUUCACUUAUUUUAUUUUUUAUCAUUAGUUUCAUUUAUUUUUAUUCCAUUUUUUUCACUACUUAAAUAUUUGUAAUAAUUUAAGACUAUAUUAAUGACUGUUUUUUUUCAUCUGUAGAGAAUUACUUUAAUCUGUGUGUGUGUGUGUGUGUGUGUGUGUCUGUGUGUUAAGGUGUCACUUGUUUUAUUAGCACUUCACGCUAGUCAAAAGCUCAUUAAUAACAGCUUUAUAACACCACCCUGUUGGUCUUUGUAGUGUUUAUUCCUCACUCAGAACACAGUUACAGUCAAAACUCCGCCCUAAAACAUUUACAUAUUAAUAUUUAUCAUUAACAUAUCAUCUGUUUUCACUUUAGUUAACUACAUUACCCACAAUGCCGUUCUGAUGGUGGUGCAGUUGGGUUUUCACUCCUAAUGAGAGUGAUGCAGCGGUGCUUUAGUCCUUUAU